CCACGGAACGGAACGCCAGGACCAAAACCCCCGCAUCGCCUCCGCCUAGAAACCCCCGUCGACGGCGACGACUUCGAUCCAUUCCCAAUUUCCAUCACGACCGCCUCCCGUCAACGCCGAAUCCGCCGAUUCGUAUGGACCCAGAGCGGGAGCCGCUCGCCGGCGGCGGCCUCCAGCGCCGCCCCGGGGCCGCCGCGAGGGCCGGAGGGGGGCCGCAGGAGCCGCCUCCGCGCGGGCGCAGCGCCAUCCACGCCGACGUCGACCCGCAGCCGCGGCCGUGGCCCUGGAUGCAGAAGGUGGCCAUCGUCGCCAUCGUGGUGCUCGGGUGCCUCCAGUUCCUGCCGGCCACGCACUUCCGGGAUCCCAGCGACCCGCACCGCAACUGGAUCCCCGUCGGCGGCUCGCGCAACCCGACGGAUUCAUUAGAUGUGGUUGGAAGUGUCGAUGUCUUCUCUUGGAUCAGCUGUCUAGAUCUUCGCACUCUAGCUGCGCUAACAAAUUCCACGCUGUCCAGCUCAAGUGAUCCACAGAAUAUAUCUUUCCAUUUCUUAAUACCUGAAGGAGACGAUGAUAAAGUGCCCUACCACACGUUAAAAGUAGUGCUACCUGAUUCAGAUCUCACUGUUAGUAGUCAGAGGCAAAUCAAGGACAAGCUAAAUGUUGCCACUCCAGAAGGAAAUUUUCUUUGGUCAUUCCACAAGGAAUUGUCACCCCUCCUUAUCGCAAAAUCUCAGUUGUCCAAAAAGCGAUAUCUUUAUAUCUCUGCAGACUCCAUCAUAAAGGGCAAAAUUGAAGAUCUUGGUCGCAUGGAUUUAGGCACUUAUGCCAUUGCUGCCACUGAAGAUUGCAGCAAGCACUUUGGUGAUUAUGUCAAUAUGGACGUUCUAAGUGACACACAAAGAGCAGCGGCAAAAAGUUGGGUGUCUAAAGAGGAUACAUGCCUACUUGACUUUGAUGUGCUCUUGGUAGAACCUCGUAAGCUGGACAAGAACCUGGUUGAUUCAAUUAUGUCGUGGACUAGAGUUGUUACUGUAGCCAAUCCAAGGGACCGCAUUAGGUUGGCAGUUGCUCUUGCCCUCUAUGGCAAGUAUCUGAAGCUACCUUCGAUUUGGAAGCGAGGAGAUGCUAAUGCAGACAUUCUCAACUAUGAUGGACCACAUAAAGUUUGCUCUGAAGAUGGUCAUCAGCACGAGCAAUCAAGCGAUGGGGAGAACUGGAGGAAAUACCUUCAUCAGAAAUUUGAAGCCAUUCUGAACGCCUAACUUCAUCCUACAGUUUUUCCAUUGUGCGCCUGGGAGAUGACUCUCUUGUAUAACUUGGGCAAUUUACUAACCCGUAAAGCCCGGAAUAGAAUGCAUUUCGUUCUCCUGCCAUUUAGUCACUUGAUGUUGUACUCUGAAUUAUUUUUUUCAGCAUAGCAGAAGUUGAGAAUGCUUUCAUUGUGGGGAAAAA